AUGUUGAAUCAGGCGUCCGAUGAUAGCUUCCCUCCUGCCUACUUCUACACUCAGCCUGGCGCCACCGGACCAGGGACUUACGACAACAUGGCACCGCAGAGCUGGCAGGACGGGUCAGCUGUCACUGGCGAUCUCUACGACCCCCAUCAGCAGACCUUCGAUCAGCCCGGCAAUGCCAUUCACAACCGUGUCAUGCUCUGGCAAGCUUAA